UGCCACGAGGUAUAGAUUUAUUAACACAAAGUUAUUAUAAAAGCAAGUUCAUUAAAUUCAGUGAAUUACCUCAUUGCUCCAUUUUAAAAAGCAUAAAAUUUAUUAAUUAAUUCAUUAAUAGUGUGCGAACGCAACGAGCAACGCAAGAUUUAAUUUUAACCUAUAAAUUUGCUAUAGAAUGGAUGGAUAUGUAUUGCAUCCCUGUGGUUUUCGGAGUUGUGGAAAGAAAUUUACCAGUUUGCACGAUCUAAUCAUUCACAUUGAGGCUAUGCACAUUGAUUUUAAAACGUCCUAUGGCGGUAGCGAUAACCACUUAAAGUCCAGCAGCGUCGAUACUCUAGGUGUUAUGGUCCCGAUGAGUGCAAUUCUGAAAUACAGCGAAGACGACGAAAUUGCUGAGUAUUUGAAAUCAGAACGAGCAAAACGUGAGGAGUUGGCCGCUGGAGGUGGGAAAGAAUUUACAAGCCCUCCAAUCAGACCGGUAUCCCCACCACCAAUGUCACCGAUACCACCACUAUUUACAGAAUUGAACGAAUGUGUCGAACUUCACAAACCAAUUCCACGUAAACGACUAGGAAAACUGCCAAAAGAAUACACGUUUAAAUACAGCAGCAAGGAAUUUGCAUUUAAAUGUAACAAUUGUCCAAAGUCUUAUAAAACAUAUCGUGCUUUACUGGCCCACCAUAAGGUGGACCAUAAAGAACAACCUGAACCAGAAAAUCCAUCAAUAAAGUCGAAACUCAGCCCAAGUGUAACGUCACCUACCUGGUCUACAUCUUCUAGUACUGCUUCAAGUGCUUCUCCGUCCAAACUUGAUAAUAGCGAGCAAAUUUUGACCAAUCCUUUCGACAAUUUGAAUCUAAAUGAAGGUGCAUUUGGGCCACUGCGUGCACCGCUUUCUGACGCUUCAAAUGUGCCGAUGAUUGACUCUGCUACAGUAUCAAUUGCAUGUGGCCCAGACCCAUGUGCCGAAUAUGAGGAAGCUGAUGAAAAUGGUUGGGCGGUACAAAAUUAACUCACCGCAGUUAGUACUAGUUAUUGUUAUAAUUAGGUACAUUAGUUAUUAUUACCAUGCCACUAUGAG